AUGUCUAUCACAGUCGGAAUCGCCGGGAUAACCGGCAAAUUUGCCCGCGAGCUCACGGCAGCACUUAACGAAUACCCUGAUAUCAAGAUUAAGGGGUACUGUCGUGAUCUUUCCAAAGUUCCAGAGUCAUUAUAUGCCAAGGUCUCGCUUUCAAAAGGGGAUGCCUUCGACACGUCUGCUAUCCGUUCCUUCGUCGCCGGAUGCGAUGUGGUUGUGUGCUGCUAUCUCGGCGACGACAAAUUGAUGGUGGACGGGCAGAAAGCGCUCAUCGACGCGUGCGCUGCCGAGGGCGUCCCGCGUUAUGUAGCUUCAGAUUGGUCAUUGGAUUAUACUAAGCUUAAGCUAGGAGAACUCUUCCCGAAGGAUCCAAUGAUCCACGUCAAGGCGUAUCUAGAUGCGCAAGACAAGGUCAAGGGCGUACAUAUCUUGGUUGGCAUGUUCAUGGAGGUCUUCUUUAACCCGGUAUUCGGUACCUUUGAUGCUGAUUCUGCAACUUUCAAGUAUUGGGGCACGGGUAACGAGAUAUGGGAAGCAACUACCUACCAGAAUGCGGCAGAGUAUACCGCAGCGGUUUGCGCAGACAAGGAUGCUGUCGGAGUUAAAAAAUUUGUCGGCGGGCAGGCAACAGUCCUCCAGAUCGCUGAAUCGUUCGAGAAAGCCUAUGCGGUGAAGCCUAAGCUCGAGAACCACGGUUCAGUAGAUGACUUGUUCAAGCAUAUGCAUGGCCUACGAGAGAAGGACCCUCAAAACAUCUUCUCUUAUAUGUUUUUAUUUUUUCAGUACUAUGCGAUUAACGGACAAGCGAAUCUGGGUCCCGAGUAUGACAAUGGUCAAUAUCCCCAAGUCAAGCCCGUAAACUGGGAGGACUACCUCAAAUCAGUUUCGAAGGACCAAUUGUUGAGUGCUCACUCAAAUGUUGGAAGCAGUAUUUGA